GGUCCAGUUGCAACUGACUCUGUUUUAAAAUAUAAUGUAAAAUUUUACUUUCAGAUUUUUCUAUCCUCACAAAAUAGAUUUUUUUUCACUUAUUUCUCAUUGUAUUUAUUUUUUAUUCCACUACUAAACGUGUGACAUGCAUAUUUAAACAAUUUAGUGACACUUUUAAUGUGAUAUAAAAGGGUAUUUGUGUACAUUUCCAGUUCAACUAUAAAAGCGAGUCUGAAAACACUGUAAAAACACAAAUUGUUGCUAGUAAACAAGAGACACAGUGGCUGUUUUCUGUAUAGGUUCUUAAUGUGUUUUUAUAGUGUUUUCAGUCUAAAGCGAUGCUAUUUGGAUAAUAAGUGACUAUUAACUGCCUGUGUUCAUUUAAAAAAUGCUCACUGAACACUAGUCUGAAAACACUAGUAAGACACUUCAGUAAUUACAAAUGUUUUUACAGUGUUUUCAGGCUUAAGUGACACAUCUUGGAUAUUAAGUGUAAAAUAUUGAUAUAAAUUUGUGUUAAAAUUUAAAUGAGCCCUUUGGACGUACAUAGUUAAUAGUUAAGUGAUUUGUCUGUGACAGAAGCUCUGCCCUCUCUCUCUCUCUCUCUCUCUGUACUUUAAACUCUGCUCUCUUUAACAAAUAUUUGACUUUGUUCAAAAACACUCGCUCACUCACUCUGACAGUGUAGUUUCCGCUGCUGUGAGUGAGUGAAAUAAAAAUAAAGAUGUCCAGCAGUAACAGACUCCUAGUGAAAAAUGCUCAGCAGGUGGUUUUAAUCUGCAGCGGCGGACAGAAAUAUCUGACCGGACACGAGCUACAGAGUCUGAGUGUGAUUGAAAACGGCAGCGUCGUCAUCGGAGGUGAUGGGCUGAUCAAAGCUGUGGGACCUGCAGAAACCAUCGCAGCUCGGUUUUCCGAGGCAACGUUCGACAAAGUCAUCGACGCGUCGGGAAUGUGCGUCCUGCCCGGUUUGGUCGACGCCCACACUCAUCCAGUCUGGGCUGGAGACAGAGUGCACGAGUUUGCAAUGAAGCUGGCAGGAGCUUCCUACAUGGACGUCCACCGCGCCGGCGGCGGCAUCCACUUCACCGUGGAGCACACCCGAGCGGCGGCGGCCUCCGACCUCCUGACCUCUCUGAAGAGCCGGCUGGUGAGGAUGCAGCGUGCGGGGACGACGCUGGUGGAGUGCAAGAGCGGCUACGGCCUGGAGCUGCACGCCGAGCUCAAGAUGCUGCAGGUGAUCGAGGAGGCCGGACGCAGUCUGCCCAUCAACAUCUCCUCCACCUUCUGUGGAGCACACGCGGUGCCCAGAGGGAAGACGGAGGCAGAAGCUACAGAGGACGUCCUGCAGGUCCAGCUGCCGCUGCUGAAGGAGCAAAUGUCCGCCGGGAACCUGAAGGUGGACAACAUCGACGUGUUCUGCGAGCGCGGCGUGUUCGACGUCGCAUCCACUCGCUCCAUCCUGCGGGCGGGGAAAGACAUGGGCCUCAACAUCAACUUCCACGGCGACGAGCUUCACCCGAUGAACGCCGCGCAGUUGGGAGCAGAGCUUGGAGCUUUAGCCGUCAGUCACCUGGAGGAAGUGAGCGACGAAGGAAUCGCUGCCAUGGCCGAAGCAAAGACCGCCGCAGUUCUUUUGCCCACGACGGCUUACAUCCUCAGGCUGCCUCAGCCUCGGGCCAGAGACAUGUUGGAGGCCGGAGUGAUCGUCGCCCUCGGCAGUGACUUCAACCCCAACGCUUACUGCUGCUCCAUGCCGAUCGUGAUGCACCUGGCUUGCGUCAACAUGAAGAUGUCCAUGACUGAAGCUUUGGCCGCCGCCACCAUCAACGCCGCCUACGCCCUCGGCCGCUCGCACACACACGGCUCGCUGGAGGUCGACAAACACGGCGACCUGCUGCUCCUCAACGCCACACGGUGGGAACAUCUCAUCUACCAGCUGGGUGGACACCAGGAGCUCGUCCGCUACGUCGUCGUCAAGGGCAACGUGGUCUACGACAACGACAAGACUCUGGACUUGUAAUCGCACACACGUGAAAGUCCUGCCGACUGAUUUUUCUUUUUUAAAUCAGAAGGUAAAAAAAAAAAAACAAUCAAUACGGAGAUGAUUUCCAUCCCAGUCCCUACUUGAAUGUGUAUUUAUGUAAAGACUCAAAGGGAAACAUGACUUUAAUUAAAAUGACAGGUGACAAGUAGCCGCACAGAACAAAAACAGUGAAUUAAUUGACUUGACUGUGAUGUGUUUUAAAUACUUCAAAAACAGGGUUAGCAUGUACAAGUGUUUUAUACUGAGGUCAAUGAAUCAGAGUUACUGUAUCGACAACGUUCACCAACGUUGAUGUUUUUCAUAUUAAAGUAAAAUAAAAUAAUUUCUCUUGAA